GAGCCCCUGUUAGAAAUGUCCCUGCUGAGCUGCCGUACUGCGGCUCUCGCAGCCAGCCCUGUUCGCUUGUUUCCUCUCAGCGAUGAAUUGCGCUGGUUUAAUGUAGUGGUAAACAUGUCCGUAAUGGGAGGUGGUACGAGGGGGUUUUAUUUCAACACAGUCCUGUCGCUGGCCCGCUCUUUAGCUGCCCACCGCCCCGCGCCGGUCGAAAAGGUCCAGAAGUUGCAAUGCAUGUGUCCAGUGGAAGUCCGUGGUGUGUUCACUCUGGAUGUGCGUCGCAGAGAUGCUGUUAUUGCACUGGCUGUGUUUCUGGUGGAAUCUGGCUUACAGCACAAAGACCUACUUGUUUCUUACCUGCUGAGCCUACUGAGAGGGCUGCCACGGGUCCAAUGGAUCGAAGAAAGCUCCGGAAAGAAAGGAAAGGAAUUUCUCCCUGUGGCAGAAAACUUCAGCUUCUGUCUAGUGACUCUUUUGGCAGAUGUGGCUCAGAGGGACCCAGACUCAAGACAAGAGAUUUUGAACACUGUAAUGGAGGUCAUGCAGACAUUACAGGAUAUUUGCCAAACACCUGAUAAUCAUGACAAAGUCUUCCUGUGCAGAUAUAUUGUCCCCAGCCUGCUUGGCAUGACUCGGGCGUUUGGCCGUUACAGCCACACAGAUGAAGCACUGUUGUCCAAGUUGUUCCCCAAAGAUUCGCCCCAGACCCGCUGCGUCACAGAGGAAACGGAGGGUGUGCGGCGCAGAUCCUUCAAUGAUUUUCGUUCUAUUCUGCCAUCCUCACUGCUUACAGUGUGCCAGAGUGAUACUCUGCGCAGACGCACCGGGACCAACCUAGAUUCCUCUGCACAGAUCAGUACAGAUCCAGGAGGUCAUUCACCCUGCUCGCCCACAGCCCCUAGCCCACAUUACUUGGAAGGUGCCUAUUUUCCAGACAGCAGCACAGUAGACCCUGAGUACUAUUUUUCUACAGUCAGCUCCAGUUUCUCGGUAUCUCCUCUCUUCCCGGGGGCAGGAGAAAAUGAGGUGGAGGUGCCUGUGGAUCUGCUCCGACAGCUCCUUGGCAUGGUGAAGAAGCUUGUGUCUGAGCCAUUUUUGAAGAUUCUGGAUGCCACUAUAACAGAAGUCACAGAGUCUAAUCCUGGAAUCAACCUCUAUUACAAAACCUUCAGUGACCCUCUCUAUGUGUGUGUGUUCAAAAUGCUGCGGGACACACUAUACUACAUGAAAGCUUUGCAGCCGACAUUUGUGCGGGAAGUGCACGAUUUUGUACUGGAACAGUUCAGCAGCAGUCAGUCGGAGCUGCAGAGGGUUCUUCAUGACACUGGAGGGCUGCCAGGCGAACAAAGCCCCCUCAAGCUUCGUUGCCAGGCCAACGCUGCCUGCGUGGACCUUAUGGUGUGGGCCGUUAAAGAUGAGCAAGGAGCUGAGAAUUUGUGCACCAAACUGUCAGAGAAACUGCAGUCAAAAACCUCCAGUAAAGUCAUCAUUGCCCAUAUGCCUCUGCUCAUCUGUUGCCUACAGGGCAUGGGCCGCCUGUGUGAGAGGUUUCCAGUAGUCGCUCACUCUGCCACGACCUCUCUCAGGGAUUUCCUGGUGGUUCCUUCUCCUGUUCUUAUAAAACUCUACAAGUACCACAACCAGUACAGUACAGGCACAGGAGAAAUUAGGAUAAAUGUGACCAAUGAGCACUCUCAGUCCACCUUCAACUUGCUGUCAAACAGGAAAGAUCAGCCUUCCAUGUACGAACAGCUCAGAGAUAUUUCCAUUGACAACAUCUGCAGAUGUCUGAAAGCUGGUUUGACGAUGGACAAUGUGAUAGUUGAGGCUUUCCUGGCCAGUCUUUCCAACCGUUUAUACAUUUCACAGGAGAAUGACAAGGAUGCCCAUCUAAUUCCAGAUCACACCAUUCGAGCACUUGGUCACAUUGCAGUAGCUCUGAGAGACACUCCUAAAGUCAUGGAGCACAUUUUGCAGAUCCUUCAGCAGAAGUUCUGCCAACCUCCUUCCCAGCUGGAUGUGCUCAUUGUAGACCAGCUUGGCUGUAUGGUCAUUACAGGAAAUCAAUACAUCUACCAGGAGGUGUGGAAUCUGUUCCAGCAGAUUAGUGUAAAAGCAAGUUCAGUGGUCUACUCAGCCACCAAAGACUACAGAGAUCAUGGAUACAGGCACUGCUCUCUAGCAGUGAUCAAUGCUCUUGCCAACAUUGCAGCCAACCUGCAGGGGGAGCAGCUUGUGGACGAGCUGUUGGUGAACCUUUUAGAACUGUUUGUUCAACUGGGCCUUGAAGGAAAGAGAGCCAGUGAGAGGGCCUCCGACAAGGGCCCAGCGCUAAAGGCAUCAAGUAGUGCUGGAAAUCUUGGAGUCCUCAUUCCAGUGAUUGCUGUGUUGACCAGGAGGCUUCCACCAAUCAAAGAGGCCAAACCCCGCCUCCAGAAGCUGUUUAGGGACUUCUGGUUGUACUCUGUGGUCAUGGGUUUUGCUGUGGAAGGAUCAGGGCUUUGGCCGGAGGAGUGGUACGAGGGCGUGUGUGAGAUUGCUACCAAGUCCCCCCUUCUGACCUUCCCCAGUGGAGAACCUCUUCGCUCUGAGCUACAGUACAACUCGGCUCUGAAAAAUGACACAGUGACACCGGCUGAGUUGAAUGAACUGCGGUCCACCAUCAGCAAUCUUCUUGACCCACCUCCUGAAGGAUCUGCCCUCAUUAACAAGCUAGACUUUGCCAUGUCCACGUACCUGCUCUCAGUCUACCGAUUAGAAUACAUGAGGAUGCUGAGAUCCAACGAUCCCGAUAGGUUCCAGGUGAUGUUUCGAUACUUUGAAGACAAAGCCAUCCAGAAAGACAAAUCUGGCAUGAUGCAGUGCAUCAUUUGUGUUGGUGACAAGGUAUUUGAUGUCUUCCUUCAGAUGAUGGCUGAGAAGGCAAAGACCAAAGAGCAUGAAGAGGAAUUGGAGCGUCAUGCCCAGUUCUUGCUGAUCAACUUUAAUCACACCCACAAGAGGAUCCGCAGAGUGGCAGACAAAUACCUCUCUGGUUUGGCUGAGACAUUCCCCCAUCUACUUUGGAGCGGUCGUGUGCUGAAGACCAUGUUGGACAUUUUGCAGACGCUCUCUCUGUCACUAAGCGCUGACAUUCACAAGGAUCAACCAUACUAUGAUAUUCCCGACACCCCAUACAGGAUCACUGUUCCUGACACAUAUGAAGCCAGAGAGAGUAUAGUAAAAGACUUUGCUGCUCGCUGUGGUGAGAUCCUGAAAGAGGCAAUGAAAUGGGCUCCUUCAGUCACAAAGUCCCACCUACAGGAGUACCUGAACAAACAUCAGAUCUGGGUGUCAGGACUGUCACAGCACACUGGCCUCGCAAUGGCCACAGAAAGCAUACUUCACUUUGCAGGCUACAACAGACAGAGUACUACACUAGGCGCUGCUUUCCCUCAGACCACCCAGCUGACAGAGAGACCAGCAUGUGUGAAGAAGGACUACUCCAACUUCAUGGCAUCACUCAACCUGAGAAACCGGUACACAGGAGAGGUGGCUGGUAUGAUCCAGUUCUCAGAGGCGACUCAUAGCCAGUCAGAUCUCAACAAGUUGAUGAUCCAACAGAUGACCAGUGCUCUGGACAAAAAAAAUCCUGAGGCCUUCACCCAGGCCAUGUUCAAGAUGGCUGCCCUCCUUAUAACUACCAAAAACUGCGAUCCACUGCUCUUGCACCAUCUUUGUUGGUCUCCUCUGAAGAUGUUUACAGAACAUGGCAUGGAAACUGCUAUUGCCUGCUGGGAAUGGCUUCUGGCCGCACACAAUGGAGUGGAAGUGCCAUUCAUGCGUGAAAUGGCAGGAGCUUGGCAGAUGACGGUAGAGCUGAAGAUGGGUUUGUUCUCAGAGGCUAAGGUGGAGGCCGGCCCUCUGGCCGUCUCUGAGGAGAGUCAGCCUGCACCCUGCGCUCCUGAUGUUGUCCCCCACUUCCUGUGGAUAGAGUUUCUGGUGCAGAGGUUUGAGAUAGCCAAGUACUGCAGUGCUGACCAAGUGGAGAUUUUCACUGCCAUAUUACAGAGAUCUCUGUCUCUGAGCGUAGGAGGAUCCAAAAGCAGCCUAAACAAACAUGUGGCCGCCAUUGGGCCAAGAUUCAGGCUGCUGACUCUUGGUCUGAAUCUUCUGCAUGCUGAUGUGGUAACAAACGCUACCAUCAGGAACGUACUGCGAGAAAAAAUCUAUUCCACAGCUUUCGACUACUUCAGCGCCACUCCCAGGUUUCCCACUCAGACAGAUAAGAGACUAAGAGAAGACAUCAGUAUAAUGAUCAAAUUCUAUGCCAGCCUGCAGUCUGACAAGAAGUACCUGACUGCCAACCAGCUGGUUCCCCCAGAUCCCCAAGACAUGUCGGUGAACAGCCUGUCUGUAGUGGCAGUGACUGACAGCCGAAGCAGCCUUGAUGCAGCAGUGGGCCAGAGGCAGCAGGUUGCUCAGGGAUGGAUCAACACCUACCCUCUGUCCUCAGGGAUGUCCACCAUAUCAAAGAAAUCAGGACUGUCUAAAAAAAGCAAUAGAGGCACGCAGCUGCACAAGUAUUACAUGAAACGCAGGACUCUUCUUCUGGCUUUACUGGCCAGUGAGAUUGAGCGGCUGACGAUAUGGUACAAUCCAUUAUCCACUCAAGAGCUUGCCAUUACUACAGAACAGUCAGUGGAGACGAGUAUUGCUAACUGGAGGUCCAAAUAUAUCAGUCUGACAGAGAAACAGUGGAAGGACAACGUCAAUCUAGCCUGGAACAUAGCACCCUACCUUGCCUUGCAGCUUCCUGCCAGAUUUAAAAACACAGAGGCUAUUGUCUCUGAGGUGACUCGUUUAGUGCGAAUGGAUCCGGCUGCCGUGUGUGACGUUCCUGAGGCGGUCAAGUUCCUGGUGACCUGGCACACAAUUGAUGCUGACUCUCCAGAGCUGAGCCAUAUUCUGUGCUGGGCCCCAGCAGAUCCCCCAACUGGACUAUCCUACUUCUCUUCCAUGUACCCUCCUCAUCCCCUCACUGCCCAGUAUGGGGUCAAAGUGCUCCGCUCCUUUCCUCCCGACGCCAUUUUGUUUUACAUUCCCCAAAUUGUCCAAGCACUUCGUUAUGACAAGAUGGGAUAUGUAAGAGAGUACAUCUUGUGGGCUGCUCAGAAGUCUCAACUGCUGGCUCACCAGUUCAUCUGGAACAUGAAAACCAACAUAUAUCUGGAUGAAGAAGGAAACCAGAAAGACCCGGACAUAGGAGAGCUGUUGGAGCAGAUGGUGGAGGAGAUCAUCAACUCACUGUCUGGCCCGGCCAAAGACUUCUACCAGAGGGAGUUUGACUUCUUCAAUGAAAUAACCAAUGUAUCAGCCAUUAUUAAACCCUUUCCCAAAGGAGAGGAGAGGAAGAGGGCCUGUCUGGAUGCCAUGUCACAGAUCAAAGUCCAACCUGGCUGUUAUCUGCCCAGCAACCCAGAGGCCAUAGUUUUGGAUAUAGAUUAUAAGUCUGGUACCCCUAUGCAGAGUGCUGCCAAGGCUCCCUACCUGGCCAAGUUCAAAGUUAAGCGGUGUGGAGUCAUUGAGCUGGAAAAAGAAGGUCUGCUGUGUCGCUCAGAUUCUGUGGAUGAGGGGAAGAAUGAAGAGGAGGCAAAGAGAAUCUGCUGGCAGGCAGCCAUCUUCAAAGUUGGAGAUGACUGCAGACAGGAUAUGCUGGCUCUUCAGAUCAUCAGCCUCUUUAAGAACAUCUUCCAGAUGGUGGGCCUCGAUCUCUAUGUGUUUCCUUACAGGGUGGUGGCCACUGCUCCAGGAUGUGGUGUGAUUGAGUGCAUCCCCGACUGCAAGUCUCGUGACCAACUGGGCCGACAGACAGACUUUGGCAUGUACGACUAUUUCAGGAAUCAGUAUGGAGAUGAAUCCACCCUAGCCUUCCAGAAGGCACGGUACAACUUCAUUCGCAGUAUGGCAGCUUACAGCUUGCUGCUCUUCCUGCUGCAAAUAAAAGACAGGCACAAUGGCAACAUUAUGCUGGACAGCCAGGGCCACAUCAUUCACAUCGACUUUGGGUUCAUGUUUGAAAGUUCUCCCGGUGGAAACCUCGGCUGGGAGCCAGAUAUCAAGCUAACCGAUGAGAUGGUGAUGAUAAUGGGUGGGAAGAUGGAGGCGACACCCUUCAAGUGGUUCAUGGAGAUGUGCGUGAGGGGAUACCUGGCUGUCAGGCCCUACAUGGAUGCUGUUGUCUCCCUGGUCACGCUCAUGCUGGACACUGGCCUUCCCUGCUUCAGAGGACAGACCAUCAAAUUACUCAAGCAGCGAUUCAACCCGGGUUUGAGUGAAAAAGAUGCUGCGUCCUUCAUCAUCAAAGUCAUCCAGAACUGCUUCCUCAGCAACAGGAGCAGGACCUAUGACAUGAUCCAGUAUUACCAAAAUCAGAUCCCAUAUUAAACGUUUGUGCCUAAGCAUGUGCAUAUAUUGGCUGGAUCAUAGUGUGUGCGCGUGCGUGAGUUUGUGUGUGUGCCUUUAUUGAUGUUCACCAAUGAAGAUUGUGGCUCACUGUUUUUGCUGAUUGUUGGCUGCUGUCCUUUCGUGUUUGCUUUAGCAUCUUGUUUCAUUUUUAAAACAUAUUUGCUUUAUUUUAGUUGUAUUUUCCCUUAUUUAUUAUGUCACAUUGAAAUUUUAUUAUUAAUUAUUAUUCUAUUGCACUUGCAUCUUGACUUCUGUGUACUUAGAAAAAAAAUGCUCGGUAAUCUGCACGUUAAGUAAAAAUACGUUAUUAGCAUUUGUGCCAAAUUUAAAUGAUUCGUGAAUGUUCGUGAUACUGUUGAUUUUAGAUGGGGUUUGAAAUGUAAUUGGAGUAGCUAAAAUAGACCAGUUUCAGUUCUGACCAAUGUGGCCUAUUCCGUCAUCUCGUACUUGACUGUACUACUGUGCUUCUCUUUAUAAUGGACCAGAGUACUUUGAUCUGUGGCAUGGUACUUGUAUUUAACAGUGAGACUUGACUGUAUAGACGUCUGUCUGUAUUUUUCAAAUUUCCACUUUCAGCAGAAGAAAUGAUGCACACAAGUUCUGGGAAACACUGGGGCUGAGUUUUGUAUAUUUAGCAUUGCCAAAGGGGGAGGGAAAAUAAAUAAAUGAAAAGAAAACAAUCUUUUCUAUUGUUUGUGUGUGACGGUAAGGCACAGCUUAAAUGUUGGGCAGUUGCAUGAAGUUAAUUGUUAACUACCAUGUAGCCUGUGUCCAAUGUGGCUUUUGUUCAGAAUUAUUUUAGUAAUCCAAAGUGCUGUGCCCCAUUUCUGUACGGUCAGCUUAAGCCUUCAUGUAUUGUUACCGGUUGUAAAGAUUUUGCCUCUCUUUAUAUAUAUAUUUAUAGCCAUGACCCAUUUUCUGUCUCCUUUUCUAUCUUCAUGCCUUUUGGAUGAGAAUGCGUAAAAUAUGAAAUCAAAUAAAGAAU